AAUUUGACCUCCCUAGUCCAUCCAUAAAAAGUCCAAAAGGCAGUUCGUUUUGCUUAUUUAUCAAGAAGUAGUCCUCUUGCUUUAUUAUAAGCUUUACACCAGUCUUGCACGUUUGCGUUGUUUAUUUAUUGGUACAUCUAAAUUUUUGGAAAAAGAUAAAAAUGGGAGUGGCCUGGUGGAAUUUGCAGUCGCAACUUUUGGUGGCCAUCCAGAAAGAUGACGUCACGAGAGCCAAAGAGUUAUUGGCCGAUGGAGUGGACUGCGACGCCCGUUUCCUCUUCGGCAGUCAUCGUCGACCUGCCCUCUGUCUUUGCGUCGAACGUGACAGUUUAGAUCUCGUUCGUUUGCUGCUUGACUGGGGAUGCUCUGUCAAUCAAUCAGAUACUCGAGGACAAACGGCGCUUCAUUUAGCCGCCAGCAGAGGGCAAUUUGGUUUAUUGGAACAUCUUUUGAGAAGUAAAGCCAGCGUUCGUGCUCUUGACGAGCAAAAACGAACGCCAUUGCAUUGGGCAGCUCAACACACGUCUCCCGAAAUGGCUUUGCUUCUCCUUCAACAUCAGGCUGCAGUAGAUCCCCUUGACCAGGACGGUCGGACUCCAUUACUCUUAGCAUGCCAGAAUCCUUCCAGCUCAAUAACAGCUCAACAACUGCUCAGACACGGUGCGAAUGCAAGAGCCGUUGAUUUAUUAGGGAACACGGCGUUACAUUUGGCUACCGACCCGCCGUUGAUCAGAGCGCUUAUUGCAUCCGGUGCAGCCGUCGACUUUUGCAAUCACGCAGGGCUAACACCACUGCAUUUGGCCGUUCGUCAUACAACAUCGCGAAAUGAGAUCGUUUCGUUGCUAGCUGAAGCUGGAUGUCAAGUCGAUCAACCGACACCCUUGGGUCAAACCGCCUUACACACCGUUGUCCAGGAAAGAGAUGAAUCGAGUGCCAUUCUAUUACUACGUUAUCAUGCCCGACCGGAUACAGUUGACCGACUAGGAUUACCUCCGCUCUUUCACGCUGCCCGCGAUGGUAAUCUCCGUCUGGUCCAAGCUUUGUUGGCUGCUGGAGCUUAUCAGACGCUUCGGGAUCCUCAUUCAUGGAUGCGUCAGCCUCAUUUGUUAGCUGAAAUUCGUGACAAAAAAAUUCUCCAACUAUUGCAAACGAGUGGUAACGCGUGUCCUCGAUUGACCUGGCUCGCACGCUCUGCUUUCCGAGAACACGCUAAAGAGAAAAGCUGUUUUUUGGCUUCCCAACUCCUUUUCCCGCCAUCUCUGAUCCAGUUUAUCGACUUCUCCGAUGUCUUCGAAGACUGGAUUUGAAAUCAGUUCGUUCCACUAUUUAAAAAAACAAUAUGAAAUGUCGAUAACAUCGAUUGUAUUUUUAUUUUUAUUUUUUUUUGUUGUUGAAAUGGUUCUUUGAAAAAAAAAGGAAAAAAAAACAAACAUUAUUAACGUGA